UUUCUUAGUUUCACGCACCCAAGCAACUAACACACUACUGAGCCUUCAUCUUAAUUUUUAAAAAACUCAUAUUUUUUAAUUUGUAUAAUGUGAUUGUAUCUGAAAGUCGGUAACUGAAGGAAAAUUAAGAUGUCUCUGGGCAGUGUAUCGGAAGUGGAAUUGAAAGGUGAAGGCAUGCUGCCAUUUUUCAUUGCAAGGAUAAAGGAUAGAGAUUACAAUGAAAGAAAUAUUCUGCGUGCAGGACUUGAUGUAUCAUUUAAGAAGUUUGAGAGAGAAUUUGAUGAUUCUGAUCUGACAGUUUUCUGCGCUGCCGAGGGUAGACUUAAACACGAUAAAUCAAACAAAUCAAUCAUUAUAUUCAGCAGUCCUGGGCCUGCGCACAAGAUCACGUAUGGAAUCUUGAAAGAAAAGUUUCCUGACUACUCAUCAAUUAUCUGGAGAGAUGGAUAAUAAGACCAAAAUGUUCAAAUUCACUUUUUAUUUCUAUCAUGAAUAAGUUCAUUAAUCAACUUAUUACUCAAAUUUUCUUAUUCUCAUCAUCCUCAUACCCAAUGCAUUGUUUUUCAACCUCUUACUUCUGUUUAAUCAAAUUAUCAAAGUUUAAAAGGUUUUCACAAUUACAAAAUAUAUAAAAAUUAAAGUUUGAGGCAGGUAAAUAGUUCACGUCUUGGUUACUGCACGCUCAAGUUUAGAAGAAAAAAAUUUUGAUUCAAUAUUUUGUUUCAGUAAAUGAUUGAUUAAUGUUCGCGUAACCCUGCUUUACAUCAUGCUAAAAAAGUUUGACUAAUAACUUUAAUAUUUGUAUCAAAACCAUAACUCUUAAUGCAGAAGUUAUUUUUAAUAAAAUAUGUAUUUUUACGAGCUUGUUUUUAUUUAAACUCGAAGU